AUGAGCAAUCUCCGUCGGUGGCUUUCAUCCUUCGAUGGCUACUACGCGAUCGACCACAUCGCCCCUCCCUCCUUUGCGGACUCAGUUAUGGUGCCCACAGGCACAUGCGUCACGGUGGCGUGCGAGUUGGCACUGACGUCACCAGAGGGUGAGCUGGGGAAGGGCCGACAAACAUACGCCAUAUGAGGGACGACUUCCCCCACGACGAUUCGGUGCGACAACGGCCACUUCGAGACACUAGACCUCUUCUGUGCACGUGAGCACAUCUUGCCAAGAGGAGCAGACACAAACACUAUGCCUAUUGUCAUUCUGUUUCAGAGGAGUGCGGCCCUCUCGAGAUCGAUCCGCACCGCUAUUCCGCCCUCCUGAAGGAGUCCAUGCAGGCCGUGGGUCCCUCAAACCCCCCCGAGACGGAGAUCCUGGUCAGGUGUCAGGAUGGCUUCUCAUCUGCUGGGGUCGAGGCUGACUCAUACACAACGGUGGAGUGCAAUGACGGCACGUGGUCGCCCCUGAUGAUCAAUUGCCAGCGUGAGACAUGAAGGGGGGGGAUGUGGGGAUAUGCAAAGUGCUCUUGUACCGGGCUGCCUGCAGAGGAUUGUGGAGAGUUCUCAUCACUCGAGCCUGUUGCCGCUUACACGAUUGAAGGCAGUGGAGUGCAUCACGCGGCCACACGGUCGAUAUCGUGCGCUGAGGGCUAUUCCACCGGUGCUGCGGUGUCGCCAACCCAAAGUGAGUCCCGCUGCGUCGACGGUGUCUGGUCGCCAACUGAUCUUAUCUGCUACGGUAGGCCAGAUGAUAGAAGGCAUUGUGCACUCUGUGGCCGAUUUCCUUCAGCUGACUGCGACGCGUUUGUGGGUGGUGCGCCGCUGGACGUCAGCCGCCUGGCACUCACCAAGGGCACACAACGUGAGAUCCAGCCCAGAGCAUGGCUACAGAAUCACGGCUGUGCUUUGUAUGGCGGCUGCAGGUCUAAUGACCGAGCCUCAGCAUCACGGCACUCGCCUGAAGCUACGGUGCAGGGAGGAGGUCUUGUACCUCUUUCAGGGCAUGAGGGGCGCAUCCAUGGAGUUUGUCUGCACCGAUGGUCGCUGGAACAUCUCGGAUGAGGAGAGAUCCAACGUCGGCAUCCUUAAGUGCAAAAGUAAGACAACUGAGUGGGUCAGUCAGGUGCCCUUCCGUCCAAGGGCAACCAACAAAUGCAUAUGUGCCCUUAAUUGAAUCUGUCCGUCCGCCAGAGGCCUGUCCCCCGAUCCGAGAGGCCCUCGCUCUGUCGGAGGAGAAAGGCUAUCGCAUCCUCAACGACGAAGAGGAGAAAUGGAACUUCCACGGCACACAGAGGAGUGUCACCUGUCGAGACACAUUCUCACCCGUAAACAUAUCGCAAACCGUACGAACCAGACCGUCCCUCGCUCAGCUGCUGUCUUGCAUUUGGUCUGUCUGUCUGUGUUGUGUAUAGGACGUGGUGGCUGGCACCAACAUGACGAUAGACAUCAUCACAUGCGCAGAGGGCUCAUGGAUCGGACGACACAUACACUGCAGAGGUCCGUGCCGUGCAGUGCAUGCGCGUGUGUCCUGUCCAACAGCAAUGGGUGUUCAUCUCAUCUUUGCUCCUCCCCUCCCUCCCCUGUGUCUCUCUGCCCUUGCAGCCAAAUGUCCGGAGUACGAGCCACCAGACCAUGAUGCGUACCUUGUGACGAGCCACAUACCGGCCAGUGAGGUCUACAAGCCAAAGAAAGGGAGGCUGGUCAGCCACGGAACCAUGAGACGAGUCGAAUGCAGACCGCACAGGUAAGUGUGGUGUGAUCAUGAAAAAGAAAGCUCGUGUCUUCGACUGCGCAAGGGAAGCGAAGCCAUCCACUCACUGUCUCGUGCCUUUCUUCCAGAAAUAAGGAGCACCACAGUAUGGGUUACUUCGCUGCCAACGCUUCCCACCUGCCCGAGAACCCACACACGGGGGAGUACUUCGGCGUGGUGCAGUGCCUCGGCGGCACGUGGACAGCACUACCUAUCAGAUGCGAAAGUAAGAAGGCACACCACGCAGCCAGCACCUUCCAUUCACACACUCAGCUAAGUGCAUACUUGAUUGAUUCAGAGGUGUGCCCGACUUCGAUUGAGGCUUUCCUGUUCGACCGCUGUGUGGCCGUCCACACGUCCGUCGGCCCUCUAGACACAGGCGAGCCGUGCUACCAGGCCGCAAGGGGCAAUCACAAAGAUAAACGCGAAUGCGGCAUCAAGCAGUGCGAGUCUCGCUCGCCCUAUCGCAUUUUGAGGACUAUCGCCCAGCGUGACGAGAGCACCGAGAAGCUGGUGCCGCCAGACAAGCAGCGCUCAGCCUUGAUGGCAAGAAAGGUAUGAGAGUGGGCCUCACCGUGUUGUUAUUACCUUCAUUUAUCCAUCAGCCGGGCGACGUUCAUCUGGUUGUGUGCGACGAGAAGUCUGGCUACGCCCCCGUCUACCCCAACGACGAUGGGUUCUUGAGCGGCCACACAGCCUCCCAUGAUUCACUGGUCGCCAAGGUGCAAUGCGAGGACGGUCACUGA